AUGGCCGUCAACUCUACUCUUCGCUAUCUCAGCAAGGACUCCGACACAACUCUGAGUCCUCAACGUCAUUCAGUGUCUUUGCAGCCCAACAACACGGCAUUUCUCGAGCGUGCAACGGUUUCUUCCAUUUCAGAUGAGAGCAAAUUCACGCUUCACAAGAACUAUCUUGUCGAUCAUCACCUUUCGAGCCACAACACAUCCGCGCCCUCUUCACCGGUCUUAUCUUGCAGCCUACCCGAUUACACAUCUGCACCCAUCUACGGCGCUCCAGUAGUCUGGUUUUGCUCGGCGUGUAAGGAUGGUCCCAAAGGCGACUGGCAAAACGUGUGCACAACAUGUAAUCACCAAAGGUGCACUGCUUGCACGAUGGAAAAGACUCAAUAA